GGCAUAUGAUAAUGGUGGGGCAUUAACGAGGUUAAUGUCCUGAGCAACCCGCCGGUCUCCCAAACACGAUAUUUUCUUUUCUAACGGUUAACUAUUCUUCUCUCUCCACACACACUCAGAGUAGUGAAGAACACAAGAACAUCAUAAGUUCAUGUUGGUUCCUCUCACACAAUGCUAAGUUACAGGGCACUGCAUUUUUGUUUUCUGCUCACAGUUUUCUUGUCCGAUUCCUUUCUGUUGUCGCACCAAGCUUCAGGGCCAGAAAAUGAGGGAAAGGAUGUUGUAGGCUUUUCUGGGUUGCAUGUGUACGAUGCUGCACCGUUCGAGAACUCGCCCGUUCCCUUAGCUGCUGAGAGAACACGAAGAAAAGACCCUCUUAAUAGCUUCAACAAGUACUUAUAUGGAUGGAAUAUCACUGACAACCAUUAUUGGGCUUCUGUGGCAUAUACUGCAGUUCCUAUGUUCAGUAUUGCAGCAGUUUGGUUCUUGGGGUUUGGCUUGUGCUUAUUCACUAUUGGUGUUUGUUACUUCUGUCGUAAAAGAGAACCUUAUGGUUAUUCACCAACAUGCUAUGCCCUUUCUCUUAUUCUCCUGAUGUUAUUCACAUUUACAGCAGUGAUCGGAUGUGCAGUUCUCUACAUCGGCCAAGGAAGUUUCCAUCACAGCAUGUCGUCCACAUUGCAGUACGUGGUACAUCAAGCUGAUUCCACUGUGGAUAAGCUUAGGAACGUGUCAGAUAAUCUUAAUCAGGCUAAACAGGUUGGAAUCGAUCGAAUUUUUCUCCCGACAAAUGUUCAAACUGACAUUGAUGCGGCAGAAACAGAUAUCAAUAACUCUGCAGGCACCCUUGCUGACAAGACAAAGGAGAACUCAGACAACAUACAAGAUCUCUUAGAUUCUGCGAGGUUGGCGCUGAUCAUAAUAGCUGCUGUUAUGUUAGUCUUGACAUUUCUUGGAUUUUUAUUCUCAAUUUUUGGCAUACAGCUCCUUGUGUAUAUCUUGGUAAUGGCAGGAUGGGUUCUUGUUACUGGUGCCCUUAUAUUAUGUGGUUCGUUCCUUGUUCUCCAUAAUGCAACAGCAGACAGUUGUGUAGCUGUGAAUGAAUGGAUCCAGUAUCCCAUUGCACACACGGCAAUGGACGAUAUUCUGCCCUGUGUGGACAAUGCUACUGCACAAGAAACAUUUUUGCGAAGCAAAGAAGUAACUUCUGAGCUAGUGAAUUUGGUGAACCAGGUUAUCACCAACGCCUCCAACAUAAAUUUCGCUCCCAAUUUCACUCCACUCUACUAUAAUCAAUCUGGUCCCCUCAUGCCGCUCCUCUGCAAUCCCUUCCAUCCUGACAUGACUGAUAGACAAUGUGAUCCUGGUGAAGUGACCCUGAGCAAUGCAACACAGGUGUAUGGCAGUUUCGUGUGCCAGGUUUCGCCAUCUGAGAUAUGCAUGACGCAGGGGCGUUUGACCCCCACCUUCUACAACCAAGUCUCCGCUGGAAUAAAUGUUGCCAACAAUUUGUAUAAUGAUGCCCCCUCCCUGGUUGAGCUACAAGAUUGCACCUUCGUUCGUGAAACUCUGAGCGUUAUAUCUACAGACCAUUGUCCUGGUCUACGGCGUUACAGUAGAUGGAUAUAUGUUGGAUUGGUAAUGGUCUCUUUUGCUGUCAUGUUCUCUUUGAUCUUCUGGAUCGUGUAUGGAAGAGAGCGUAGGCAUCGUCUGCAUAGAAAAGAGUUAAAGAACUUGACUCCAACACGUGCACCACCACCAGGACAAGCACUGGCAUUGGCCCAAAUCCCUGAAGGAGACAAGUAUAAUUAGCAAACUAGUUGAUAAUGAUGUUGGUCUUCCAUUGCCAGUUGGUGGAUGGACAUGUUUGAACAGUGUUUAGCUUUUUCCGGUGUUGGGUGUAUAAUGUUGUAGCUUCUUUGUAUGACACGCUAGCUUUUUAAUGAAAUGUCAUUAUUUUA